CAGACAGACACACGCAGGUGCGCACAAGCACACACACACACACACAAACACACACGGAGGUGCGCACAAGCACACAAACACAUUCAGCCGCGCACACACGCAUACACACAUGUAGGCAUAUGGGACAUUGUGAGGGAAGAACACGGGAAGUUGACGUAAAUGUGUUUUUCUUAUUGCACGCAGAAACAGGAAACACGGUGCAAGGCGGAAGUGAAGAGCGCAGAAUACGAGAUCAAAACAGAAGUUUGUGGAGAUGACGGCUGCGGGUGUUAUAUUAACCCGGAUGUCUGGGCAGCUGCGCGUGGCCGUGGUGGGGGCUGGGGCGGCGGGGCUCUGCGCUGCGCGUCACAUCCUGUCGCGCCAGAACAACUUCCUGCCCCCGGUGGUGUAUGAGCUGAGCGGCGGCGUGGGCGGGACCUGGGUUUACGAAGAGCGCGUGGGCUGCCAUGACAACGGCCUGCCCAUCCACAGCAGCAUGUACCGCAAUCUCAGGACCAACCUGCCCAAGGAGGUGAUGAUGUUCCCGGAUUUCCCCUUUGACCCCCAGCUGCCCUCCUUCCUGCCCCAUCAGGAAGUGAAGCGAUACCUGGAGAGAUACAGUCAGCACUACCACAUCACCCCUCACAUCCGGUUUCAAACUGUGGUGGAGGAAGUGAAGCCGGUCGCCAUGGAGACGGGGGAGGGAAAGGUGACGUGGGAGGUGACAUCAUCAGGUGGGCAGGGUGGACCGAGGACUGAGACAUUCGACGCCGUGUUCGUCUGCAACGGGCAUUACUCUGUCCCCUACCUGCCCUCCAUCCCAGGACUGGAACACUUUAAAGGCACCCUGCUGCACAGCCACGCCUAUCGAGUCCCAGAGCCUUUCGCCGGCCAAUCAGUGGUGGUGCUAGGGGCAGGAGCGUCGGGAUUGGACAUCUCCAUUGAACUGGCGGGUGUCAAUGCCCAGGUGACUCUGAGCCACGGCAGACCCCCCCUGCAGGUCCCCCUGCCCCCCCAGGUGCGGCAGGCCCCCCCGCUGAGCCGGAUUCUGGAGGACGGGGGGGUACAGUUUGGGGACGGGGGCGUGUCUCACCCCCAGGUGAUGCUGCUCUGUACGGGGUACAGCUUCAAUUACCCCUUCCUGCCCCGAGCUGCCCUGGGCCUGCAGGUGCAGCCCCACCUGGUCGCCCCGCUCUACCUGCACCUCGUGCCCCCUGCCUGGCCCUCCCUCUUCAUCGUGGGUGUGUGCAAGACCAUCUGCCCCUUCCCCCACUUCCACACGCAGGUGCAGUUCGCGCUGGCGGUGCUAGAGGGCGCUGUGGCCCUGCCCUCCCGGGCGGACAUGGAGGCGGAGAUUCAGAGGGAGAUGGACAGGAAGCUGUCAGAGGGGGUGGAGCUUAGGCACCUGCUGAAGAUGGAGUGGGCUCAGUGGGAGUACUACCGCACUCUGUCCCGUCUGGGGGGGUUCCCCCCCCCUCCGCCCGUCACCCAGAGCCUGUACGAGGAGGUGUGGAGGCAGAGACAGAGACACCCACAGAACUACAGGCAGCUCAACUACCAGCUCAUCAGCGACACCCAGUGGCAGGAGCUGGAACCGCAGCCGGACAGGACGGAGCCCUGGACCGGAGGGAUGGAGAGAGAAGAAGAAAGGACGGAGAGAGAGAGGAAGAGAGAGGACAGAGAAAAGCAGGGAUUUAAACCCUGGGACAGAUGACAGGCUCUGAGACAGGGUUUCUCAGCUGCUUCCUCUCCACACUACUCAGCAGUUCUGCUGGGAAACAUGGCGGCCAUUUUGUUUCACAGCUUCUCACCACAGGUCAGUUACAGUGACAAGACUAAUUUAUCCAUUUACGCACAGAAACUGAUGAGGUGGCAGGACUGUGAGGUUGAGCCCCCCCCACUCACACUGGACAUGCAUUCCUCCCUCAGGACGCAGCUACGGCUGGUAAUGAUAACAGAUUAUCCAAAAUACUUAAAGCUUUGAAAAUCAUAAGUGUUUUUCUGAAUUACAAUGCCAAAUAUAAAUCGGAAGCAAAUGGCGAGAUGUUUAAAAAAAAAAAAAAACAUUCAAAUAGAGACAUGGUCUGAACAAUAAUAAAAUUGCAUUCGAAUGAAA